AUGUCUGCCUUCAGAAACUUGCCCAGCAGUCCGGUGCUCCGCCAGGUGGCCCGGUUGAACCAGAUCGCGGGCACCACGGAGACGGCGUUCCGCAUGGACCCGCUGAAGAUCAAGGCGAUCGAGCUCGUCCUCGUCCAGAAAAACGUCCACCAGCCGUCGCUGGGGCUCCGCAAGUUCUGGAAACAAAACUUGCCCACGCUCCAGUUCCACAACAACGACGUCCGCUUCACCAUGACCCGGGUCAAGACCGCCUCCAAGGACGAGUUGGCGAAAGUGCCGGCGCUGGUGGUGAUCCACAAGGUGGGCGACGACAAGGUGGUGGUGAACUGCUUGGACCGCCUGCCCAAGGACAUCCUCCGCAAGGUGGUCCACGCCACCGGCGCCACCCCCGUGCCUGACGCCGAGAUCCCCCGCAUCGCCCAGCCUACUCACUAA